AUGCCCGUGGUUUGCGAUAUUGACACGGAUGGAGGAUCAUGGACAGUUAUACAAAGACGACUAAACGGAGACAUCGACUUCUAUCGAGACUGGGAAACAUACAAGAAUGGCUUCGGGGAUCUAAAUGGUGAUUUUUGGAUUGGAAAUGAAAUGCUUCACAAUUUAACCAAAACUCCACGUGUCUUACGUAUCGAACUAGAGUCUUGGGAGAACUUAACAGCAUUUGCCGAAUACUCAACGUUCCAAGUGGGCUCCGAAUCUGAGAUGUAUCAACUUCAUCUGUCGGGAUUCUCGGGCAGUGUGUCUUUUGAUUCUAUGGCACACGUCAACGGCAAUUACUUCGGCACCAGCGACAGAGAUAAUGAUAACUACGGUGGUUCCUGUGCAGAAUUUCAUGGCAGUGGUUGGUGGUUUAACGCAUGUUCUCUGGCCAUCCUGAACGGCCCCUAUCGUUUCAUUACUGAUACCAUAGUUUAUAGUGAUAAAACUGCUUACUGGUAUGAUUUCCCGCCUUAUACUACCCGGUAUCCAUUGAAAAAGACCCGCAUGAUGCUGCGAUAG